AUGUUCCAGUCCUUACCUCGCCCCUCGCGGCGCUUCCUCAUCAUCCUCGCCUCGAUCCUGAUACCCCUCUAUAUCGAAGCUUUCCUCCACUGGCGCACCUUCGACAUCCCGCGCCCCUCGCACGACCUCGACCCUCCCUUCCAGUUGGGCUGCCGAGAGCCAGACGUCCAUGGCAAACGCGAGAACGCUGCACUGGUCAUGCUGGCCCAGAACUCGGAGAUUGACGCCGCUAAGCGCACAGUCGACUCUGUCGAGGCCAAGUUCAACCGCUGGUUCCACUACCCCUACGUCUUCCUCAACGACAAGCCCUGGGACCCCGAGUUCGUGCGCAUCAUGAACCAGACCGUCAGCGGGGAGGCGAAGUUCGAGGUCAUCCCAGAGAGGGAGUGGACUUACCCGUCGUGGAUCGACAAGGAGGCGGCGCAGCAGAGCAUUCUGGAGCAAGGGGAGAGGGGAGUACACUACGGAGGCAGAGAAGGAUACCAUCACAUGUGCCGCUUCUUUUCAGGCAAGUUCUACACCCUGGAAGCCCUGCAACAAUACAAGUGGUACUGGCGACUAGAACCCAACGUCGACUUCUCGUGCUCGAUCACCUACGACCCUUUUGUGAAAAUGGCCCAGCACAAGAAAGUGUACGGAUGGACCAUGAGCCUGUGGGAGGAGGGCAACACCUGCCCGAGCCUCUUCCGGCACAUGGCUGACUGGAAGGAAGCCAACAAGAUCCCGACCAAUGACUUGUGGAAAGCUAUGAUGUCGGCGUCCUGGCUGCCCUACCCGUUCCGGAGGUUUUUUAGCUGGCUGCCCCAUCAUGACAAGCUUGGCGAUGUGUGGAGCAUGUGCCACUAUUGGAGUAAUUUUGAGAUUGCCGAUCUGGACUUCUUCAGGAGCAAAAGCUACCAGGACCUUUUCCAAUAUCUGGAUCAGAAGGAGGGCUUUUAUCACGAGAGGUGGGGUGACGCUGCAGUCCACUCCCUCGCGCUCGGCAUGCUUGUCGGGCCCGAGCGGGUUCACCACUUCUCCGACUUCGCGUAUCGCCACGGCAGCUACCAACAGUGCCCGGCCAACACGCUCGGCGGCCAGCUCGAGGGCUCGGUCGCGCUGGGCGACGCCCUGUACUCCGAGGAGCAGGAAGGCGGCGUCGGUUGCCGGUGCACAUGCGACGCGAGCAAGCCGAUCAACUUCCCGGGCUACUGCGCUAACAAGCUCAAGCAGCCCAACAGCCCCAAGCGGCCAUGGCUGACGUGGUUCCUCUGA